AUGGGCAGCAUUGAACAGCCCCCGGCCACUCUGCCAGUGCUGGACGCAGAUGUCUUGAUCGUAGGAGCAGGGCCCUCUGGAGCGGCUUUGGCAUGCUUUCUAGGCUCCCACGGCAUCAAGGGCGUGAUGGUCUCGAACGCCAAGGGACCAUCGCCCACUCCUCGUGCCAACUGCCAGAAUAUGGCUGCUUUCGAAUGUCUCCGCGACAUUGACCUGGAGCAAGCCGCGCUGGAAGUCUCUCACACUGUCGAAGAGUACUCCACCUACAACAGGAUCUGCAAGAGUCUCGUUGGAGCAGAGAUCUAUCGUGCCUACACCUUUGGCAACGAUCCCAAGCGACAUGGCGACUACGCCGAUGCAAGUCCUUGCAAAACAGCUUGCCUGCCACAAGAUCAACUGGAACCCAUCCUCCUCGCGAGAGCUUCAGAACGUGGCUGGUCCGUCCGCUUCGAGACGGAACUUGUCCACUUCCAGCAGAACGAGCAGCGUGACAUCGUGGAAACCGAGCUUGAACACGCUGUGACAGGCCAGCGCUACGUUGUACGCUCACGCUUCAUGUGCGGUGCCGAUGGUCCACAGAGCAAGAUUGUAAAGGAACUCGACUUCCCACUCAAUGUCGGUCCAGGAGGUGGCCUCGCCAUCAACGUCUGGAUCGAAGCAGACAUGGGGCACCUCAUGACCACGACCCCCGCUCUACUCUCCUACCUAACCCGCCCCGACCUCGCCCAACCCAUGUACGGCAUGAUGGGCCUCGCGCACUUUAUCAAGCCCUGGUCCGAAUGGGUCAUCUCCCUCAUCUGCCAUCCGGCCUACCAAAAAGUCACAGCAACCGAAGACGAAAUCAUGGCUCGCGUGAAGGAGCUCAUCGGCGACGACACAAUCCCUAUGAAGCUGAAGAACAUCAGUGUCUGGAAAACAGAAGAAGUCUACGCGGAGCACUACUCAAAGGGAAACAUCCACUGCCUAGGCGACGCCGUCCACCGCCACCCGCCCUUCGGCGGUCUUGGCUCCAACACCUGCAUCCAAGACGCCUUCAACCUCGCGUGGAAACUCGCCUACGUCCUCAAAGGCCACGGCGGCCCUUCCCUUCUCCAGACUUACAGCACCGAGCGCCAACCCAUCGGGAAUUACGUCGUCGGGCGCGCGAACGAUAAUGGACGUCUGAACAUGACGCUGUACGGCAUGCUCGGCGUCUUCGACCCGGACAUCCAGCGCCGCAGCCAAGUCGACGAACUCCUCAAAGCGGACUCGGAGGAAGGCGAGCAGAUGCGUAAUGCGCUCCGGAACGCCAUUCGCGCUCUUGAUGAUGAACGUCAUGGUCUGGGCGGGGAGAUGAAUCAGUGGUAUAAGUCCGAUGCCGUUUAUACAGGAGAUGAGACGGAGGAGCCGUACUGGCCUAGCAACAAUGACGAGCUCGCGCUGCAUCACACUGUAUCGACAUACCCCGGCUUCCGCGUCCCGCACGCAUGGCUCGGGCAGGCGACGACGAAGCCGGGUCCUCGACCACCACUUGUCUCGACAAGGGAUCUGUGUGGACAUGGGAAGUUUUCGAUUCUUACGGGGAUUGGUGGGAAGGAGGCUUGGACUAAUGCUGCGACUUGGGUGACUAAGACGCUCGGUGUGGAAAUUGAUGUGCACAGUAUCGGGUGGGGACAGGACUACGAAGAUACGUUCUUUACAUGGUUCGACAAGCGCGGCGUGGGAGAGAAGGGCGCAGUGCUCGUUCGACCUGACCGCACUGUGGCCUGGAGGUGCAAAGACGUGCCUGCCGCAGGAGCUGUUGAGAGGUUGGAGAAUGUGCUGAAGUUGGUGCUUGCCAGGUACUGA